AUGAGUGGCAGCGGGUCAGGAAGUUUACUCCAUCAGGGCCAGUUGCUUGUUCAUAUUGCCGAGAAUGGGCAAUCUUUUGAGUUGGACUGCGAUGAAAACACACUUGUUGAGAGAGUUAUGAGGUCUAUUGAAGCUGUGACUGGGAUUAAUGUUAGUGAUCAGCUUGUUCUUUGUAUGGAUAUGAAGUUGGAGCCUCAACGGCCACUGUCCGUGUACAAGCUUCCAUCUGAUGAUAAGGAGGUGUUCAUAUUCAAUAAAGCAAGGCUUCAAAACAACUCGCCGGCUCCACCGCCAGAGCAAGUUGAUAUUCCCAGUGAUUUGGAGCCUCCAUCUCCGGCAUCCACCCAUGAUCCACACCCUCUUGAUGAUGCUUCAGAUCCUGCUCUGAAGGCUUUACCUUCUUAUGAGCGGCAAUUCAGGUACCAUUAUCAUCGGGGCCAUGCUAUUUAUAGCAGUACUGUGAUGAAAUAUGAGCAUUGUCAGAGGCUUUUGAGAGCACACAUAGUCCAAGAAAGAGCAGUGGAGGUUGCAAGGAGUAACCUGGAUCAGUAUUUUCGAAUGAUUAACCAAAGCUAUGCGGACUUCGUGAAGCGAUAUAUGCAGCAAUACAGGAUGCAUUCUGAUCUUUUGGUGAAUUUUGGGAAGAAUGUUGAGAAACUAAGAUCCAUCAAACUUCACCCUGCUUUGCAAACUGCUAAUCGCAAAUGCUUACUGGAUUUGGUCAAGGAAGAAAACUUGAGGAAGUCAGUGGAGAAUUGCACCAGCUCCCACAAGCAGUUUGAGAAUAAAGUGUCUCAAUUUAAACAGAGUUUUGGGGAUGUGAAGCGUCGGGCUGAGGAAUUGUUGUCCACCAGGGCUUUCUUGACCAUCAAGAAUUUAGAACAACCAAUUAAAGAACACCAGAGAUAUAUAAAUGAACAAAAGAGUAUCAUGCAAUCUCUGAGCAAGGAUGUUAACACUGUAAAGAAACUGGUAGAUGAUUGCCUAUCCUCUCAAUUAUCUUCCUCACUUCGUCCUCAUGAUGCAGUUUCGGCCUUGGGUCCUAUGUAUGAUGUUCAUGAUAAAAAUCAUCUGCCCAAAAUGCAGGCUUGUGAUCGUGCUAUUUCAAAGCUACUCGAGUUUUGCAAGGAAAACAAGAAUGAAAUGAAUACCUUUGUGCACAGUUACAUGCAAAACAUAACUUAUGUUUCUUAUCUCAUCAAAGAUCAGAAGCUACAGUUACCUGUUUUUAAAGAGGCAAUGGCUCGACAGGAUGGCUUGUUUGUGGAUUUAAAGUUGUUCCAUGGUAUUGGUGCAGCAUACAGAGCUUGCCUUGCAGAAGUAGUGAGGCGAAAGGCUUCUAUGAAGCUGUACAUGGGCAUGGCUGGGCAAAUGGCUGAAAGGCUAGCUGUAAAACGCGAGGCGGAAAUCAAGAGACGAGAUGAGUUUUUUAGAGAUCAUAGUUCAUGCAUCCCUAAAGAAGUAUUAGCAUCUAUGGGAUUGUAUGACAGUCCGAACCAAUGUGAUGUCAACAUAGCUCCAUUUGAUGGUGAUUUGCUUAAUAUUGACAUAUCAGAUGUGGAUCGUUAUGCUCCUGAAUAUCUAACAGGAGUAACAUCCAAGCUGGAGAAGCAAGGAAGCUUUAAAGGUUCAUCUGCUGUGAGUAGUGAGAGCUCUCACUUAGCCGAGGCUGUAGAUAUUGCUGCGGACUCGAUUGAGAGAUAUGAUUCUGAAGGCUUGCCAGAUGGCAGUGAGUUGAUUGAAAUUGCUGGAACCUGCAAGAUGGAAGUUGAGAAUGCAAAACUGAAAGCUGAGCUUGCUAGUAGAAUAGCUUUAAUGUGUUCGCCCUGUCCCGAGGUAGAGUAUGAGUCAUUAGACGAUGAACAGGUGAAUAAUAUACUAAAGAAUUCUAGAGAGAAGACAGAAGAAGCCAUGCAUUUGAAAGAUGAAUAUAUUAAACAUAUUCAAUCCAUGCUUAAGAUGAAGCAGAUGCAAUGUAUGUCAUAUGAGAAACGAAUUCAAGAAUUGGAACAGAAAUUGUCUGAUCAGUAUAUGCUGGGGCAGAAACUGUCCAAUGUAAAUGAUGUAGCUGACUUUCCCCUUGUGGAUGGGAAGACAAUGAAGUCAGAAUCUAUCAGUGGUGAAGCCCACAUGCCUUGCGUAUCUACUUCUGAGCCCAUGGAUGAGGUUUCAUGCAUCUCAAGUUCCUUGGAUGCAAAACUUGGUUUGUUCACAGAACAUACUGGUAAAGUGUUAUAUGGGGCAGACGAAAACAUGAUGGAUUCCUCUGGAGUUCAAAACCCACAGUUGGACUCAUCUAUGAUGGAGCCUCAUCGUGAAGAAGCACAAAUUGCUGAUAAAGAUAAAAAGGACAAGAUGAUUGGACAAUUAGGCAUGUCAUUAACAAACAGUUCUACUGGUGAGAACAUGCCUGUGUCACAUGAUGUUGUACCUUGUGACUCCACAGUUUCUGAAGACUUGGAAUCCAAAGUACAUGAUGAUAAGGUGUUGGAACUACGAAGUGCACUUGUAGAUAAGUCAAAUCAAUUGAAUGAAACUGAAACCAAGCUUAAAAAUGUCAUGGAGGAGGUUGUUGUGCUCAAAAGGGAGCUGGAAGCAAGUAAAAAACUACUUGAUGAAUCUCAGAUGAAUUGUGCUCACUUGGAAAAUUGUUUGCAUGAAGCAAGAGAGGAAGCUCAGACACAAAAAAGUUCUGCUGACAGGAGAGCCUCAGAGUAUAGUUCACUACGAGCAUCUGUUAUUAAAACACGGAGCUUUUUUGAAAGACUCAAGACCUGUGUUUAUUCUCCUGGUGGUGUGACUGGUUUCGCAGAUUCCCUCCGAAUAUUGGCGCAGUCUUUAGCCAAUUCUGCUAAUGACAGAGAUGAUGAUGAUAUUACUGAGUUCCGAAAAUGUAUUCGAGUUCUGGCCGAUAAAGUUGGUUUCUUAUCUAGGCACCGGGAAGAGCUGCAUGAGAAGUACUCAAGAAUGGAAGCUGCUAAUGAACAGCUUCGGAAAGAAUUGGAGGAGAAAACAGACCAGGUCAAAACUUAUUACAAUAAGCACCAACUUGAGAAGCAGGCAAAUAAAGAGAAGAUUUGUUUUGGUUGCCUGGAAGUUCAUGAGAUAGCUGCCUUUGUGCUCACUUCAGCUGGGUAUUAUGAGGCAAUUACCAGGAACUGCUCUAACUAUUACUUAUCUGAUGAAUCUGUAGCUCUGUUUGCAGAACAUCUUCCAACAAGACCUAACUACAUUGUUGGACAAAUUGUUCAUAUUGAACGCCAGAUUGUGAAGGCGGCACCGCCUCGGCCUGAGCAUGGUAGGGCUGAUAAACUUACCCCUGACAAGGGGACUGACUGGUUGACCUUGAAUUCAGGAUCAACUCCAAACCCAUACGGUCUCCCUGUUGGCUGUGAAUAUUUUCUAGUGACAGUAGCCAUGUUACCUGAUACCACCAUUCAUUCAUCCUCUCCUUCCUGA